UUUACCGCCAAGAAAGGAAUAAUUUAUGGGCCCCGCCCAAAGGAAGGGCGAGACGCUUUCCAAUGGCGAUAAAAGAGGACCACUAGGGUUUCGGGCGUCCGGCAUCGGCGACCUCCGCCAUCGAUCGAAUUCCCUGCUUCCCCUCCUCCAAUCUCCCCACCUCUCCUUCAAUUUCGACCGCACUCGGGAUUCCGCUGAUGCCCCUGGUCUUCGUUUUGGGGGAUUCGGCGGUGUGACAAUGCCCGCUGCGGACUUCCAGGGCUUGUCGGCCCCUUUCGCGUCCACCGGCCGCUCGUUCCUGAGCCUCCGGCGCGACCACGCGGCCCACCCGAUGGACGCACACCACCGGCACCACAUCGACGCUGGCGAGCAGCGGGAGUUCGACGCCUUCCAGCACCAGGUUGCCGACCUCUUCAACGACCUCGCCGGCGGCGGCGAUGAGAUUCUCUCCAUCUCCUGGAUCCGUCGGCUCCUCGACACCUUCCUGAUGUGCCAGGAGGAGUUCCGGGUGAUCCUUUUCGGCCACCGCCGCCCCCCGACCCUGAUCGACCGCCUCGUGUCCGACUUCUUUGAGCGCGCCGUGAAAGCGCUCGACGUCUGCAACGCCGUGCGCGAUGGCGUCGAUCAGGUGCGGCAGUGGCGGAAGCACCUCGAGAUCGUGCUCGUGACCCUCGGUCCCGGUCACCGGGAACUCAGCGAGGGCCAUCUCCGCCGGGCCAAGAAGGCGCUCGGCGACCUCGCCAUCCUUAUGCUCGACGAGAAGGACACAGGCUCCGUCAUGUCCCACCGCAACCGUUCCUUUGGCCGGAAUAGCGGAUCCUCCUCAUCAAGCAGCGGACGUCGUUCGCACUUCCGUUCCCUCUCCUGGAGCGUCUCCCGAUCCUGGUCCGCAGCGCGGCAGCUUCAGGCCAUCGGGAGCAACAUAGCCGCACCUCGUGGCCACGAGGUCGUGGAGACGGCGGGGCUCGCGGUGCCUGUGUACACGAUGAACUCGUUGCUCCUCUUCGUGAUGUGGGCCCUCGUGGCGGCGAUCCCCUGCCAAGACCGCGGUCUCCAGAUCCACUUCUCCGUCCCUCGGAGCUACCUCUGGUCGGGUCCGAUCAUGUCCCUCCACGAGAGGAUCGUGGAGGAGUCCAAGAAGAAGGACAGAAAGAACUCGAUUGGACUGUUGAAGGAAAUCCACCAGAUCGAGAAGUGCGUGCACCACCUGACGGACCUGAUGGAUGCCGCCCAGUUUCCCAUGGCAGACGACAAGGCGAUGGAGGUGAGGCAGGGUCUGCAGGAGCUGGCCCAAGUCUACGAAGCUAUGAAGGAAGGUCUUGAUCCAUUGGAGCGUCAGGUCAGGGAAGUUUUCCUUCGGAUUGUACGAAGCCGCACCGAGGGGUUGAAUUGCUUGAAUGGUGCUGAAUGAAGAAAUCACAUUGAGGUGUUCUUGAAAUGGAAUUGAGUGUGCAAAAUUUGUGUCAUAUAAUAAUAUCAUCUUGCUUUCCUUGGGUUUCCAAGCUGCAUGUGGUGGCAGGCUAGGGAUGGAUGGAAGAUCCUGCAAUUGGAAGGAAUCAAAGAGAUGGAUGAAAUGUUUUCUUCCACAAAUAAUCUAAGCAGGUAAUGUGCUCUUGUAUUUACCAAAACACAUUUGUAAAAAGAAGGGAUUGGAUUGAAUUUUGUGAUUCUCUGUGUUA